UUAAUUUUCCUGCAAAGCAAUAUAAUUUUUAAUUUUCAAAUUGUCACAAGGGUUUAGGGUUUUAACCGCUUCAAUUACACUCCCACCCUCCAUUUUCUCUCUCACACAGUCACACAAAGCUUCGCCUUCAUUUCUCUGUCGUUGCCAUUUUUAGCAAUCCCGGAGUUUUCAGGAAAAGAAUAUUCCCCUAAAAUAGCAGGGCUCAAUUUUUCUCCACCACCGACCACCGCUGCUUCGUGAAACGACGUCGGAGCAUCAGAAAUUUCACCUCCUUUUUGUGACGAAUUGUGGUGUUAUAGGUCACUUUCUCUUUUACUCCGUUAUUUAAUUGGAACAAAUAAUUUCAAUCUUUGAUAUUCGUUGCUUCUCCUCUAACAAUGGCAAGAGGUCCGGCGAAGCGCGUGUUUGCCCUAUAUUCCUGUAAGAACAUCAAUCUCUUUACAUUUAGGAGUUUAAUUUCCAGUCGUUUCCUCCAUUAUUCCCAUCCUUCAAAAUCCCCAUUUCGCCCUUCCCCUCCGCCGCAAAUCCCUAAUCAAUUCCAGUUGCCGCCGUUUCAAUCGACAAAAUUAGGCGUUUUCCCUAAUUUUCAUAGACACUGGUUAUGCUCCUUGUCGGAAAAUGAAAACCCCAAUUUAGAUUCACCAGAACUCAGUAAAGUUGAAGAAGAAGAAACAAUACUCGAGCCUCAACCCGAAAGCAUACUGUCAGAAGAAGAAAAACUGAAUCUUUCCCGAAUAGCAAAUCGUGACCCCUUGGAAAUAUAUAAAGAACUCAAGGAAGGUCUGAAUAGUGAAGACAAAUCCAUCAGCGAUUGCGAAACCCUGCACGAGAUUAUGAGUUGUUUUACCAGGUCUGGUUGGGCUUCAAACCAGGCUCUUGCAGUUUAUAUCGGUGCCUCGUUUUUCCCUUUUGCAGCACGUAAUUUUGGCAGCUUUUUCUCCAAGAAGUGCAACAAUGAUUUAGCUAAGUACUUGGUAUCUCUUGGGCCUGGCAAUGAAGCUGAUACGUUCUUGUUCCCAAUUUUCGUUGAGUAUUGCAUGGAAAAAUUCCCCGACGAAAUCAAGAGGUUCCGGAAAAUGGUGGAUUCGGCUGACAUGACCAAGCCUCACACUUGGUUCCCAUUUGCUAGAGCAAUGAAGAGGAAGAUUGUUUAUCAUUGUGGUCCGACUAACAGUGGGAAAACAUACAAUGCACUGCAGAGGUUUAUGGAAGCAAAAAAAGGCGUGUACUGUAGCCCUCUCAGGUUGUUAGCCAUGGAGGUUUUCGAUAAGGUGAAUGCAUCGGGGGUUUAUUGCAGUCUUCUUACAGGGCAGGAGAAGAAGGAGUUUCCCUUCUCGAACCACGUCGCGUGUACUGUCGAAAUGGUGUCGACAGACGAGCUGUACGAUGUGGCGGUUAUAGAUGAAAUUCAGAUGAUGGCCGAUUCUUGCAGAGGUUAUGCAUGGACUAGAGCAUUGCUCGGUCUAAAAGCUGAUGAAAUACACUUAUGUGGCGAUCCGAGUGUUCUUGAAAUAGUUAGGCAGAUUUGUUCCGACACUGGAGAUGAACUCGUGGAGCAGCAUUACGAGAGGUUUAAGCCUCUUGUUGUGGAGGCAAAGUCACUCUUGGGAGAUUUGAAAAACGUUCGGUCGGGAGAUUGUAUAGUUGCAUUUUCAAGGAGGGAAAUAUUCGAGGUUAAAUUAGCGAUCGAGAAGUUUACAAAGCACCGCUGCUGUGUGAUAUACGGUGCAUUGCCGCCAGAGACACGUCGGCAGCAAGCUUCUCUGUUCAACUCGCAAGAUAACGAGUUCGAUGUGUUGGUUGCGAGUGAUGCUGUGGGAAUGGGAUUGAAUCUAAAUAUUCGAAGAAUUGUUUUCUUUAAUCUCUCGAAGUAUAAUGGGGACAAAAUGGUUCCAGUCCCACCUUCUCAGGUAAAGCAGAUAGCUGGGAGAGCCGGUCGAAGAGGAAGUGUCUAUCCAGAUGGACUCACCACCACACUACACUUGGAAGAUUUGGACUACUUAAUCGAGUGCUUAAAGAAGCCAUUUGAUGAAGUUAAGAGAGUGGGACUUUUCCCUUACUUUGAGCAAGUCGAAUUAUUCGCCGGACAAAUCCCAGAUAUGAAAUUCCCGAAACUUCUUGAAAAAUUCAGCGAGAAUUGCAAGCUGGACGGGGCUUAUUUUCUGUGCCAGCAUUUGCAUAUAAGAAAAAUUGCGAAUAUGUUGGAUAGGAUUGAAGGGUUAUCUUUAGAAGACCGUUUCAAUUUCUGCUUUGCACCGGUUAAUAUAAGGGACCCUAAAGCAAUGUACCAUCUCUUGAAGUUCGCUUCGAUUUAUUCGCAGAAGCUUCCGGUGAAUAUAGCUAUGGGCAUGCCUAAAUGUGCUGCUAGAAAUGAUUCGGAGCUUUUGGAUCUCGAGACUAGGCAUCAAGUUUUGUCGAUGUAUUUGUGGCUGUCGAAUCACUUUGAAGAGGAGAGUUUUCCGUUUGUUAAGAAGGCUGAGACUAUGGCUACUGAUAUUGCCGAGUUAUUGGGUGAGUCACUCAUCAAGGCUUGUUGGAAACCUGAAUCAAGAACUGCUAGAAAAUCAAAUCCUCAAGAGAAAGAAGAUGGUUAUCAGCGGCCAUUGUCGAUUAUCAAAUUACAGGAGAAGAACAGGCAAGAGAAACCUCAUACGGCACAACAGCUGGAGAAAGUGAACGCAUAAAAUCCUUUCUUAUGAAGGUAAAAUGUAGUUAUCAUUUUCUUGACUAUCUUCCUUUAUUGAAACUCCCUUAUGCAUUUUGAUAGUUACUCGGUUUUUUUAAACGUCGAUGAAAAUAUUCUUAUGUCAACGAAGAUCUCUGCUCGUUUCGAAUUGCAGUUGCUAUGAAAAUUUGGGGAAAGAGUUUUGGUCUUGGAGGUUUCUAGAAGUUAUUGUCCAUUAUAGGGGAGAUUAUUGUAAAUGAAUUAGCUAAUUUUCAAGGUGGUUUUUUGUAAAUUAAACAAUUUUGGUACUAGAUGGGAUCAAUUAAAGUGAAUGCAGCUAGAAUAAUAGAGUGGGUAUUUUAGUGUUGAACCAUUUUAUUUUUCUUGUAUGAAAUUAAUUAUUGGAUUUGACCUUAA